CAUUCAAUUUCAUUUUGGCAUUUUGUGAACUAGCGCCAUCUCACUUAUUUUCUUUGCUUUUUCCCGUGUUUCUUGUGAGUUUUGUAUUACAAAAACAAGGAAAUAAACAAUUCUAGUGUUUCGUGUAUUUGUUUUCAUGUGAUAUUAUUUGUGAAAUAAGACAAUUAAGUGUACGUGUUAUCUAAAGCUGAAACUACUGAGGCUGUCGAAAGCAGAUAGCCUGCGCUGUUCGUGUUGAGGGUGGCCUGUUUAUUCGCAUUUUAUGAAGUUGAUGUAUAACGAGGCCGUGAUGCUGACGACGGAGGCGGUGGCGGCGUGACCGUGGCGGCGCGAUGAGCGCGGCCGCGCUCCGGACGGACGGCGCGGGCGACUCAACGCCCGGCUCCGACGUCGGCGAGCGCAUCACGCGCCUCUUCCCCAAGUGCCGCCCCAAAAACAUGCAGCACCAACACGACAGGUAUAGACUGAACUCCGGGCUGGAGGGGCGUGACAUCAACAAUGUCAAUAACGUCUCCUCCGACGAGGAGCGGAACGACAGCCAGCUGGUUAUACUCAACUCUAAAGGGGGAACUUAUAAACUUAGAGAUUCUAGGAUUAUAGAAAUAGCGGGAGGUCGAGAACUGUAUUCGCAGAGCCGGACGAAAGCGGUUCGUAAGCUAAGGCAUAAUAAUACGCACAAACACAACUUGAGAAAUAAAGUGCGUUCACUCAAUAAAGACACCGUCGACUACGCGGAUAAUCAUAGCAAUGAAAUACCUCUCCACAGAAUAAGCAAUGAACCAAAAAAGAUGAUAUCUAGACACACAUCACCUACUUACACAAAUGGGGACCGAGAUCCAGUCAUAGAAACUAACACGAUGGGCAUACCUAAAAAUAGUUCUCCGAUACUAGAUCCCCAUAAAACAAAUGAUGUCAGCACUAAAAGUAGCCCCAUUGCAGUUGUGGCUGAUGGAGAAGUUGUUGUCUUUGAUGACAAUGAUGAUUGGAAAGUGAUAUUGAAUUCUGUGUCUCUAGGUUUGAGGACUGAACCCGAUGCUAGUGAUGAUGAAAUAGAUAUGAGUGUAAAAAGGACUUUAGACAAUAUUAAAAAUGGUGAUAGUGAUGUAAUGAACAAUAAAAGUGAAUUAAGCUGUGAUGGAGGGAGUGAGUCGACUCCCUCUAGGGAAGAUGUGAGGUUAAGUGACGCCAGCCCAUCUGGGGUCUGGUUGUCUGGUGAUGAAGAUAAGAACAGGGUUACUAGAGUGAUAGGAGAACUACCGAUAGCUGAAUAUGAGGGGUCGCCUAGAAGAUAUGGAAUUGGAACUCAAAAAACCACUAAUAGAUCGCCAAGACCUGGCUUUCCUCAGAGGGUAGUAACAGAGAGCAGAGACGUCACUCCUCCUUCCAGCUCGGCUGCGUUCGACUAUUUAUAUGAAUUCUCGGAGACGAGGAAGGUGCUAGAGGAAUUUUUCAAAUGUCCAGCCGUUGCUGGACAGAUGGCGUUGAAUAGCAAUGAUGAAAUUGUUAAUUUUCAGGAUUUAGACUACGAACUGCGACGUCAAACGCAAGACUGCCUGUCGGAGAAUGGUUUGGAAGGAAGUGACUCUGAGUGGCCUCAAGUUACGGAUACCAUACACUCGCCUCACACUACCCACAAUCAUACCAACUUCUUAGGAUUACAACAACAAAGGUCCCGGUAUCCGGAGCCGAACGUAUCAGAGCUGAGUGUGGGCGCAGCGUGGAGCGGUUCCGCCUCGCCUGGUGCACCGAGACGCGACCGCGUCCCCUUCGCUCUCUCCUCCGACACUAGCGACACCGGUAGCGACCUCUCGCUCAUGCUCAUGGAAAACGAACUCUCCGAGAUGAAAGGUGAGACAAUGCAAAUAGACUCGAGCCGCGUGGUUGUGACGCAUCUACCGAUCGUAGAGGACGGUCUCUCCUCAGGACAUGCGUCUGACAAUGACAAUAAUAAUCAAAUGCCAUCGCUGCAGACUCAUAAUACAUCAGUAAUCAUAGAAGAAAUAGUUGAAAAUGGAACUAAUACAGACCCUCAUGUUCUAUCAGAUGCCGAUUUACAUUCUUUGGAUCCUUUAGCGUGUGGUGAAGUGCCGCCACCGCCGCCGGCGCCGGCGCCGCACCGGCCGGCUGACGGCGCAUUGCCAAUACCACAUACAGCGCCGCAGCACUUGCCGCAUUCGCCGCAUUCACCGCACGCGCCGCACUCGCCGCAUUCGCCGCACGCGCCGCAUUCGCCGCAUGUGUCGCAUUCCCCGCACCACCAUCACGCGCAGCACAUCACACAUCACGACGACGUUUAUCCGCCAAGAAAACGGCCGUCUUCAGCUCAGAGCGCGGAAUCAGUAGAAAUAAAACAAGCCAGCGGUGACGAAGAUGAAGCGGACACAGAUUUAGAGACUGACAGACUACUUGGGCAGCAGAGGACAGACGACCAAGGCUUCUUCGAUGAAAAAGGAUGGCGCAAGCCGAAGUCUCGCACGGUGAUGCCGGCGGGCAGCGGCUCGGGCUCGGCGCGCUCGCCGCCGCACGCGCACGACGCGCCCGACGGCUCGCACGCGCGCGACGAGGACGCGCUGCACAACGGAAAGGACAAAGAUGGAAAAAAGAAAAGCAAAAAUAAAGAAGAUGCGGCUCGUAAAGUUCUCAUAGAGGGCGUCUUGUUCCGAGCGCGGUACCUCGGCUCCACGCAGCUAGCCUGCGAGGGUCAGCCCACCAAAGCGACCAGGAUGCUCCAAGCCGAAGAAGCAGUUUCCAGAAUUAAGUGGGGCUGCGACGGUCCGUAUUCCGGCGUGUACGCGGCGCCGGCGGCGGUGUUCCGCCUCGCCUUCCUGGGCUCGGUCGAGGUCGACGAGGACUCGCGCAGAAGGAAGAAGCGCCCCAAAAAGAACAUGGUUGAGGAGGCGGUCACUAAGAUCAAGGCUCCUGAAGGCGAGAACCAACCAAGCACUGAAGUGGACCUUUUCAUCUCCACUGAGAAGAUUAUGGUCCUCAAUACUGAACUGAAAGAGAUAAUGAUGGACCACGCCCUAAGGACUAUUUCCUAUAUAGCCGAUAUAGGAGAUCUUGUGGUGCUAAUGGCUAGGCGGAGAUUCGUGCCGCACGAAAAUGACUCUGAUCAGCCGAAACUGAAUCGUACGCCUAAGAUGAUAUGUCACGUUUUCGAAAGUGAGGAGGCCCAAUUUAUAGCCCAGUCCAUAGGCCAAGCAUUUCAAGUCGCGUACAUGGAAUUCUUAAAGGCAAAUGGCAUCGAAGACCACAGCUUUGUCAAGGAGAUGGAUUACCAGGAAGUAUUAAAUAGUCAAGAGAUAUUCGGAGACGAGCUCCAAAUGUUCGCCAAGAAGGAGCUGCAAAAGGAAGUUGUGGUACCGAAGACCAAGGGAGAGAUUUUGGGAGUAGUCGUGGUGGAAUCCGGGUGGGGAUCGAUGCUUCCUACCGUGGUUAUAGCGAACUUGGCCCCGGCGGGCGCUGCUGCGAGAUGCGGACAAUUAAAUAUAGGUGAUCAAAUAAUCGCAAUAAAUGGUGUGAGCCUGGUUGGAUUACCGCUGUCCACGUGCCAGACGUACAUCAAGAACUCCAAGAAUCAGACGGUAGUGAAGCUGACAGUGGUGCCGUGUGCGCCCGUCGUCGAGGUGAAGAUCAAACGGCCCGACACCAAGUACCAGCUAGGCUUCAGCGUACAAAAUGGAGUCAUAUGCAGCUUGCUGCGCGGUGGCAUCGCGGAGCGCGGCGGUGUUCGUGUGGGGCACCGCAUCAUCGAGAUCAACUCGCAGAGCGUGGUCGCCGUGCCGCACGAGCGCAUCGUCAACCUGCUCGCCACCUCCGUCGGCGAGAUUCUAAUGAAGACGAUGCCGACGUCCAUGUUCCGGCUACUGACGGGACAAGAGAAUCCGGUGUUUAUCUAAGCGCGCGCCGCCGCCGCGACAUCAAGUGCCUGCUUAUAUUAUGCCGACGCUCGCCAAACGCCCCCGCCCCACCCUGCCGCCGCCACCGCCGUCCGUCACAGCACGAGCGAAUAGUCACAUUCAUCCUCCUUCAUCCUCACUGUAAAAAACAUUUUAGUUGAGUAUGGCUGUAUAGAAAUAUUUCUUGACAUUUUGUAGAAACUAGAAAGUUUCUUCACUGGUCAAGGUAUUGCAUAUACAGCCCUUUAUAUAUAUAUUUUUUUUUAUUUUUCUUUUAUAUGUUAAAAAGAAGUUGAUUAUGAGAAUAAGUUGUGCGGUAGAUGUAUCGUUAAAUGAUUUUAAAAACUAGUAAAUACCAUAGCUAUAGUACUGGACUAAUUUUAUAUUUAUUAUUUUCUAAAAUUUCAUGUAAUAUUUUUUUUUAUAAAAUAUUAUUUGACAUCAAGUAUCUAAUUCCUGUAGAAAAUGCAAGUGAGGAUGAUAUCCAACUAGCUUCUGAGAUAUACUCAAACAACUACAUAGUAAUGUGACAUCAGAUUUCAGAACGCUUACAAUGCUUACGUGGCUAAAUAAGGUAGAAUAUAAGUUGUAUUAUCUCUUUCUACUGAUUUGUAUUUGCUACAUCGAUGUUUGUGGUAGUUUUCAUGGAUGGAUAUUAUUAAAAAAUAAAAAAUCUACAUUUAGUUUGUCUAUGGUAGCAAGUACAAAACAGAGAUGAACUCUUUUAGUGACAUGACAACGUGUAUACAUACUCCAUUAAUGAAUGUACGUAUUAAUAUUGAAAUCUCACUCAUAUCUGCUUAGAUAGUAUCGUAAUAUAUAUUAUUACAGUAUCUACUAAUUAUUUUAAUAAUUUUGUUUAGAGUAUAAUAAUUUUUUAAGUCGCCAUUUUGAAAUAUUUCCCUCCAUUUGUGAGCGGAUUAAAGCUUUUUUUUUAAUUCGUUUAAAAAUUUACUUCUGGCCAUAAUUUUUUUUUUAUUCAUAUUUUGUACUCGUGAUAUAGGUAACAAGUUUCACAAUUUUUAAAGACAAUACUUAAAGCAUUUAUUUGGUGUGUAUCUAAUUCGAUUAUAUUGUUGUGGAGGUUAAUGAUAAUAUGUAAAUUGUUGCCAGUCAUAUUUAAGCCAUUAUAAGACGCUGUUUUGGCCCGGAAAUAUUUCAUAAAUAUGAUCUGAUAGUCAUAUCUAUUUUGAUAAAGGUGUUUUCUUUUUAAUUAUAAUAUAUAGUGAUAUUUUUCUUGUCAAAUCAUUCCAUAUAUUUAUUUGUAUAUUCAGAUUAUAUAUACCUUGUUUUAUAUAUUAGCCAGUUUAUUUUUAUUUUUAAAUUGUCGCGAUAAUUUAUUUCUACAUUUAUAUUCCGUUAUUCCAUUAACCGUGCACCAUAGUUCAAACCAAUUCAUUUAGCUCGAGGAGUUAUCUCUUGAAUUAACUCUCCAACCCAACAUUUGAAUUUAGAUCAACCGUUGCAAAUAAAUUAAUCUAUAAUAUUCUAAAUGUACCAUUAUCAAAUUCCCAAAUUUUUAUGCUGAGUUGUAGAGUAUAAUCAAGCACUCCGUAUUUAAAAUGUAUAAUAGCUUAGAUAGAGUAACGAGUGGAUCCUUUCGGUUAGGGUUCUAGUCUGUAAAAGACUCCUUUGUCUAUCAAACUCGAGCCAAUGGAUCUACAGUGAUCAAAUAAAAAAAUGAAUUGAUUAGUGGAUAUAGUACAUAUUGAACAAAACAUUAUUUCGUGUAGCAUUUCAAAAGAUAUAUCAUAUUUUGUAAAUUUUAUAGUGUCGCUAAACUAUGUAACCUAUACUGUAUAUGUACGUUUUAUCCUGUGUUCUUAGCUAGGCUUAGCGCUCUGAGGACGAGUUAUAUAUUUAUUUAUGUAUAAAGAAUAAUAAUUUGUAACACGUUAGAGUACUCGAAUAAAAUCGCUUCUCCUACUAUCCAACAAUA